AAGAGGGUGAAAUAGAAAUUAAUAUGAAAAGAGGAAGGAGACGUGUUCAAAUGCUUUAUUUGAGAAGAGAUUUGAUCAGGACAAGAUGUUAAGAUCAAGUCUCCUGCUUCUCCCGCUCUUCCACUCCACGUACUGCAUGCUGCUGGGAUGGGUGGAGUCUCCAGGUUAUCCCAAUGGGUACUUACCUCAUGCUAGUCUAAAUUGGAGCAGGUGCGCCCCCAAAGGUCACAGCCUCUCCAUAAGGUUCAUCCACCUGGACCUGGAGGACAGUAUCGACUGUGAAAAUGAUGCAGUGAAGAUCUUUUCAAAUGGAAACCUAAUUUCCGUUUUGUGUGGCACAAAGGAAUUUGAGGAGCUUCAGUCCACUGUAAAUCCUGUGCUUUUCUCGCCCCCGGGUGGCUGCCUCAACCUUUUGUUCCACUCGGACUACUCAAACAUAAAGAGGCACACCGGCUUUAGAGGCUUUUAUACAACCCAAGACUAUGACGAAUGCAAGGAUAACGAAAUCAACCAAUGCACCCAGUUCUGUCACAACUUCAUCGGAGGAUACCACUGCUCCUGUCGCCACGGCUACCACCUGGAUGUGGACAACCACACUUGCACUGUGAACUGCAACGAGGACCUGUCAGGAAAGAGCAAAGGUAUCAUAUCCAGUCCUUCCUGGCCCAACUCGUAUGCAGAGAACGCAAACUGCCAGUACACACUGCUCGUGGACUCCCAGUCUCAGGUGGAGCUCCACUUCUCGGGCGUUUUUGAUGUGGAACAAGGCCCCGAUGGUCAAUGCAUAGAUGCACUGAGAAUUGAGACUCCCUCUGGUACUCUGGGACCGUUCUGUGGCAACACGCCUCCCAAAUCGCCAUUUCUCACUCACGCAAACAAGCUCACGAUCCGUUUCACCACUGACGACUUUGGCACCAACAAAGGAUUCCACCUCAGCUUCAGGACCAGAGAUAAGAUCUGUCCAGCAGUGGUGACCUCACACUCCACCGUGACUCCCACGAAAGCAGAAUAUAAUCGUGGUGAAGAAGUGACGGUCACUUGUGACGAGGGCUAUGUUGUAAAUGAUGAUAAAGGCAUCCAUGAUGUGAAAUCAGAGUUCAAUGCAAUGUGCCAUAGCACAGGCGUAUGGACUCCCAGCUACACCUGUGGAUUGGUCAAUUGUGGACUUCCUGAUAUACCGGAAGAUGGUAUUCUUCAGUUGGUGGGUUCAGAUGACCCACAAACUCAAUACAAUGACCAGAUCCAGUUUAGCUGCAGCUCAAAGUACUACACGCUGGAAGGAGAUGACACAUUCAUUUGCGGUGCCAGUGGCGAAUGGAUAUCAACUAACGGAAAUGCAGAGUUUCCAAAAUGUCUUCCAGUGUGUGGGCAGCCUGAAACACUGAUAGCAGGUACAGGAAGAAUUCUGGGAGGUCAGGAUGCAAAACUGGGAGAAAUACCAUGGCAGCUAUUCAUAAAAGAGCCCAGCAGAGGAGGAGCAUCCCUGAUAAAUGAUCAGUGGGCUGUGACAGCGGCUCAUGUUGUGGAUGGGCAUGAGAACAGCCCUUUGAGGGUCUUUGGUGGACUGAUAGAUAAAACGACAACAAAUGCCCCAAGCACACCUUCCUUGAUCACUAACAGGAUCAUAAUUCAUCCUGGCUACAGAAAGGGGAUCACUGGAAGUGCACGCACUGAUUAUAACAAUGAUAUUGCUCUUAUAAGAUUCACCUCCAGAAUCAAAUUAGGCCCAAACCUGCUUCCCAUUUGUCUGCCAGAAGAAAACAGUGGUGUGGUGGAAAAUGAACAAGGUACAGUGUCAGGCUGGGGGGUGACAGAGAAAAAAACGCCAUCAGAUGUUUUAAAAUAUGCUCAUGUUUCAGCCUACUCACUCACAGAGUGUGAGAAAACACCGAGACCAAAUGGCAACCCCAUGAGUUUCAGUAAUAACAUGUUCUGUGCUGGAGACAGCGGGAAGGACAGUUGUAAAGGAGACAGUGGAGGUCCUUUUGUUUUGCCCAUGUUGUCUUCUAGCAGUGGCCCUUACUAUCUGACUGGGAUUGUGUCAUGGGGAGAUCAAUGCAAGAGUCCCAAACCAGACUCAACUAAAAUAGUGAACAAGGGUUAUUAUACCAAGGUAGGGAAUUAUGUGAAGUGGAUUAAGCAGACAAUAGAGAGAGUAGAGGCAGAAGAAUCAGAGAGAAAGCCGGCCAAGAAAACCAACGACUUUGUGACAUUAAUGUUUUACUUGAAUAGGAGACAUUUGCUCUCGCAGCAGCCGACCAGUUCACUCAUGGAUACAGUUAAUUGGAAAAUGCGCUGGGCCUCUUGUAUCAUCUGGUUUCUGUAUGUGUCACUGUGUGAGUGCUCACCUCUGCCAGAACCAGAGCCUCAAAUGUACGGGGAGGUCCAAUCCCCUCUGUACCCGCAGCCUUACCCUCCCAACCAGCAGGAGCAGUGGGACCUCGUUGUCCCUGAGGGCUACCAGAUUCAACUCACCUUCACACAUUUGGAUAUUGAAGCUUCUGUGAACUGCUACUACGACUCACUUACAGUUUUCUACAAAGAGAAGGCCCUCUGGAAAUUUUGUGGCAGUGAGAAUUCUGCUGAUGGGCAUCACCCAGGCAACCAGCCCAUCUUGUCUCCAGGAAACAGUCUCACCCUCAUAUUUCAAUCAGACAGCAACAACCCAGAGGUCCACCAGAAUCUGGGCUUCUCUGCCCAGUACCAGGCGAUAGACAUAGAUGAAUGUUCUGUACCAGAGCCUGGAGAUGGCUCAGGGCCACUCUGUUCUCAGAUCUGCCUCAACACUCUUGGCUCAUAUCUCUGCUCCUGUCAUCAUGGCUAUGAACUUCGCUCUGAUCUGCGCACCUGUGUGUUAUCCUGUGGCGGUGGUAUAUUUGAUGAACCAGAGGGGCAUCUGUUCAGUCCGGAAUACCCUAAUCACCCACCUCAUGCUGUGGCCUGUCAGUAUGUCAUUUCUGUACAAGAGGGCUUCACUAUUACUCUAAACUUUACUGACAACUUCCACAUUGAGAGCAUGGACAGCCCAGAGGGCCCGCAAUGUCUCCAUCACUGGUUGGAGUUGACUGUCAGAGACGAACAGCCCACAAAGCUAUGUGGCAGAACGAGCCCAGGACUGAUAGUCACAAACUCAAACAUGGUCAAGCUGGAAUACCACAUUGACGAUGAAGGACAGAGCAAUGGCUGGAGCCUCGACUACAGCACACACAGGGUGAAGUGUCCAUCACCUGGAAGUGUAGCUAAAGGCAGGGUCACUCCUAAUUUGAGUGAAUAUCUCUUCAGAGAUUACAUCUAUGUACGCUGCGAUCAAGGAUACAAGCUGAUGAUGAAUGGUCGGGAGAUGGAGAGUUUCUCUUCCAUUUGCCAAAGCAAUGGGCAGUGGCACCGUCCUCUGCCAGAAUGCCACAUAAUUGAUUGCGGAGAACCUGACCCCUUGCUCAACGGAGGCGUGGCCUUCCUUUCCGGGUUUCAGAAUCAGUAUCUUUCUGUUAUUCAGUAUCGCUGCAAUGAACCAUUUUACUCUCUCCUUGGGGAUGCAAAUGUUAACUUCACAUGUGAUGCAGACAGGAAAUGGAGAUCAACCCAUGAAGUUAUUGACAGUCCACGUUGUUUACCAGUCUGUGGUCAGCCAACAAAUCACAUCGAUGUGUAUCAGAGGAUCUUUGGAGGCCAGGACGCUCCAGAUAAUGCAAUCCCCUGGCAAGUGCUACUUAGUGUUAGGGGAAGGGGAGGAGGCAUGGUGAUUGGAGACCGGUGGAUUAUGACAGCAGCCCAUCUUCUAGUGGAGAGGGGAGUGGUGGCAUCAAAUGAAUCUGUACGGAUUUUCAUGGGACUUAAUGAGGUAAAAGCCCUCAAAAAAUCUCCUCUGUUUGCUGCUUCAAUCCAUGUUCACCCUGAGUACAACAACCCCAACGAUGUAGACUACAACAAUGACAUUGCACUGAUCAAACUGAAUGUCACACUCACAUUCGACUCAUCUGUAAUGCCAGUGUGUUUGCCAGAACCGGGAGCCACAUAUGAUACUGGUGUGAUGGGGCUGGUGUCUGGCUUUGGUCUUACAAAGGAGAAUGAUCGUCAGAUUCUAACAAAUCAACUGAAGUAUGUUUAUCUCCCAGUGGUGGACCAGCAGACAUGCAGUGAUUCAGUCACUUCGGCAAGGAUAAGAAAGAACAACAUACCAGACUUAACAAAUAACAUGUUUUGUGCUGGACUCCCUGAAGGUGGGAAGGACUCAUGCCAGGGUGACAGUGGGGGCCCCUUCACUCUGACUAAAGAUGGGCGACAAUGGGCUGCUGGGAUUGUCAGCUGGGGGGUUGAGUGUGGAGGAAAGGGCACAUAUGGAGUCUAUACCAGAGUCGCUAAUUACCUGAACUGGAUCAAGAAGACCAUGCAGGAGAACUAAAGUUACAGUAAUUCAAAACAACAAGGUGUAAAUACACGAUGAGAAAAAAAAUUGCAUAAUAAACUAAAUUUUCUCUGUUGUGGAGUUUGAUUUGAGAAUUUUUAAUCUAUAUAUCAUUAAAAAACUAUAUAAAUUCAGUUAUUGAUUUACUGUCUGUAAGUCAAUGCAUUAUCUUUAAAUCACUGCAACGCCUGUCUUUUACUACGUUUGAAUAAAGAUAGUUAUCAGAUCUG